AUGCCGCCGAACAGCAAGAAAAAGAAGAAGCCCGCCGCGAACCCUGCCCGCGGCUUCGCAACAGUCUCCGUCCCCUCCAAAGUAAAGCCUAUUGAGACACCGGAACCUGCAUCGACCGCCGAUUCGAAAUCAGUAUCCGAGAGUGACCGUCCCACGCCGGCCGAACCUACAAAACCUGCCCCAAGCACAAACGAAGCCCCGUCUCUACAAAACUACACUCCGGAGGAACUAGAGCGGCACUUGGAGGACGCCGAGCUACAGAUACUGGUUGAGAAACAUGCGGCCAAGUGCAAGAGCGAUGCCGUUCGUCAAGCUGGGAAGCUAGAAACUGAACGGAGGCUCCUCCGACAGCAGUCAGUUCCAGUGAACCAUGUCGAGUGGCUUCCGUCCGAUGUCGUGAGUUCUAUACUUGCUCUGGCCGAGGCGGAGGAGCAGGGACUGAGCCCUCAACCAGUGCGGGAUAAACGAGUUGUCCCGGAGGAUGAAUUAUCUACGAAGCUCUGGGUUUUGAAGGACACUCUGUUGAAGUUGGGUUUCCCCGAGCACAGGGUUGAAGAGGCGUUGAAGCAUGUCUUGAUAUACUUUGCUGGAAACUUCACCAUCACUAACCGUGACGUUGUCUGCAAUCUGGAAGAAGCUCUUGAAUGGCUUGCGAUGCAUUGCAGCCCCGAGGAACUACCUUCAUACACUCAGACAAACGGCCAGCGCAAAGACGUGGAUAAGAAUGUUUCCUGGAUCUCCGAUCGAGAAUCAUCAGGAAAAUCUACACCUAAGAGUGGCGCAAGCAGCAAAGCGCAGAAGGCGAAACCUGUCAUCAGAGAGAUUAUUCCCCAGCCAGACCCAUAUGAUUCGGACAGUUCUCUCGACCCGGACACGCUGGUUCCAAAAUACUUGGACCUGCAAACUCGCCUGUACAAUCUUCGACCGGAAAUAUAUGACAAGCCCAAGAAAGGCAAGAAAGCUCAGCCUGCUGGCGCAACUGACGACCCUCAAGCAUUGAGACUUCAGCGCAAGAUUUCAAGUAUUGAGAAUGACGUACUUUUUGACCGGAAAGAGGCGGAGUACCUCUGGAGGGAUAAACUCGAUGAACUGAGAAAAGAGGCUGCCAUAUUUCGCCGGGCCGAAGUCAACACAGAAAAGGAGCAGGUCGAGAAAAAGGAGCCGGGACCGGACACAUCACCAGUUGUGGAUGAUGAGGUUGAAUAUCUCCUAGGGGACAUGUUCCAGGAUCAAGAGCCCUCUCUAGAGUUGGGUGUCAUCACAGAAGAGUUGAACAAGGCAUCGAUCGCGACCAGGGACUUUGGCAAGUGGACAGGCCUUAGUCCUCGCCGUGUGCUGGAGGAGUCGUGCAAGGCACGUGACUCUGGGUGUAAAGUUACCUACAAAGACAUCUCAACCGCCUCGUAUCUGAAUCGGAUGGCACUUGAGGUGAGAUGGUCAAAGCCACAGGAAAUGCCGCCUCCUUUUGCAAAUGAUGCAGUCACACAAAAGUCUACCUCAUAUGCCACAUUUGUCUCUAUGGAUAAAAUAGCUACGCCAACAUCACAGCAAGCUGAAGCCUACGCAUCCACCUUUGCCCUUUUUAUCCUAUUCCCCCAGAACUCGAAAGAAGGCAAGGCUUAUAUGCGUCUGCCUGCGGCGUGGAGAGAUCUUUGGACGGAAUUCUCGAGUGCAAAAAAGGUGCAAGAUGACGAUGCUGACAAACAGAUUGUAAAAGAUUUGAGGAAGCUGAUACAAGAGAACCAUGGCGCAUUCGAGGACGAUGUCGUACUGUCUGACAACUUCCGCAAGAGGAACGGUACGCCCAGGAACCGUUCCCCAGUACGAGCGGGUACAAAGGAUGUCUCAGGAAUCAAUGAGCAGUUGGCUCGGAUCUGGAUGGAGAAGUCGUCCACGCCGGCCUUCCAAUAUAUGGUCCAAGGCCGAAUGAAUCUGCCUAUUUGGGAGUUCAAGAAUGAGAUUCUCAGCACGCUCGAUAGCCACCGUGCACUCAUCAUUUGCAGUGAGACCGGAAGCGGUAAAAGUACGCAGAUUCCUUCGUUUAUUCUUGAGCACGAGAUGAUGUCAGGCCGUCCGUGCAAGAUCUACGUUACCGAACCACGGCGUAUCUCCGCCAUUUCCCUCGCGCGCAGAGUAAGCGAGGAACUGGGAGAAAGCAAGAACGACGUUGGAACGUCGCGCUCGUUGAUCGGUUUUGCCGUUAGGCUAGAAAGCAAGGUCAGCCAAGCAACGAGACUGGUAUUCGCGACCACCGGAGUUGUAGUGCGGAUGCUGGAGCGUCCUGACGACUUCCAAGACAUUACCCAUGUCGUCCUCGAUGAAGUACACGAGCGUUCCAUCGACAGCGACUUUCUUCUUAUUGUCCUCCGGCGCUUAAUGCAGAAACGGCCGGAUCUAAAGCUGAUUCUCAUGUCUGCGACGGUUGACGCUAACCGCUUUUCCACGUACCUUGGCGGUGUUCCCGUGUUGAAUAUCCCUGGACGAACCUUCCCGGUCGAGACGAAGUUCCUCGAGGAUGCAGUGGAGCUCACGCAGUAUCGAACGACCGAAAAUGAAGCUAACGUAACCUACGAUGAAGAUGAAGACGACGUGGAAUCCGGUCAGGGUGAGCCCAGCGGAGUCGCGGCGACGCUGGAAAGCUAUUCCAAGCAAACACGAGAAACUAUUAUGAACUUUGAUGAAUACCGAGUUGAUUAUCAGCUGAUCAAAAGGCUAUUGAUGAAGCUUGCGACGACCCCGGAGAUGGAAUACUACAGCAAAGCCAUCCUAGUUUUCCUUCCCGGUAUGGCGGAAAUUCGUCGGCUGAAUGACGAGCUAUUGGCAGAGCCGACGUUCCAGCAAGGGUGGAUUGUUCACGCUCUCCACUCUUCAAUCGCUAGCGACGAGCAGGAGAAGGCGUUCGUGGUGCCUCCGGAGGGCAUGCGGAAGAUAGUCAUUGCCACCAAUAUUGCAGAAACGGGUAUCACGAUUCCUGAUAUCACGGCGGUCAUUGACGCGGGCAAGGAGAAGACCAUGCGAUUCGAUGAGCGACGCCAACUAUCUCGACUAGUAGAGGCGUUCAUCUCACGGGCAAACGCGAAACAGCGACGUGGUCGCGCCGGUCGUGUGCAAAGGGGUAUCUGCUUCCAUAUGUUCACGAAGCACCGCCAUGACAAACUUCUGGCCGAGCAACAAACCCCCGAAAUGCUCCGACUUUCCCUGCAGGACCUCGUCCUCCGAGUCAAAAUCUGCAAGCUUGGAGAGGUUGAGCCGACGCUCCUCGAAGCGCUGGACCCGCCAUCCUCAAAGAACAUCCGACGAGCGAUCGACGCACUGAAGGAAGUCAAAGCCCUGACAAGCACGGAGAACCUUACCCCACUAGGACAACAGCUGGCCAAGCUCCCACUGGAUGUGUUCCUCGGCAAACUCAUCAUCCAUGGCGCGUUCUUCAAGUGUCUCGAUGCGGCGAUCAGCAUCGCUGCGAUCCUGUCAUGCAAGUCGCCGUUUGUGAAUACCAUGGGCUCGAAUUCUCAGAAGGAGGCGGUCAGGCUUGGGUUCAGACGGGGUGACUCGGACCUACUGACGGUUUACAACGCAUACUGCGCGUGGAAACGCACCCGGGGCACACCCGGCGCGAACGAAUAUGCAUUCUGCCGGAAGAACUUCCUCAGUUUGCAGACGCUGCUGAACAUCGAGGACGUCAAGCUCCAGCUCAUGGUCUCGAUUGCCGACGCGGGGCUGAUCUCGCUUGAUGCGGGCCAGAAGGCUUCUCUGAACCGCGCCCGCUCCACCCGCCAGCGCCACUUCUUCGAGACCCCUCCGGCCUACGACACAAACAACGAAAACGACACGCUCAUCCAGUCCGUCGUCGCCUGGAGCUUCUACCCCAAGCUCCUGACGCGCGAGGGCAAAGGAUGGCGCAACAUCGCCAAUAACCAGGCCGUCACGCUGCAUCCGACAUCGGUUAAUAGAGUCCCCUCCGCAUCUGCGGAUAAGCCGCCAAGCGCCAGCCAGUACGUAAGCUACUACCACAUCAUGCAGGGGCGGAAUAGGAACUACAAUGCGUUUGAGACGACGGUUGUCGAGGACUGGGCGGUUGCGGUGCUUUGUGGGGAGGCGGAUUUCAAGUUGUACCCGGGCAUCCUCUCAAUCGACACAAACAGACUGCGCUUCUCCCUCCGCGACUGGAAAUCCAUGCUCGCGAUGAAGAUGCUCGCCACGCGGAUACGGGAGAUUCUCGCCGGUCACUUCCGCGACCCGCAGGUGCCGCUGUCGUACAAGCAGCAGAAGUGGAUGGAGAUCUGGCAGGGGAUUUGGGCGGCUAGGGUGUAG